AGACGGGUCCGUCGAAACUCAUGGAGGCACAAAAGAGUACAACAGUCUCUGAAAAGACUGCAGGAAAAUCCGCAAGUGAGCAGUCCACUCUUCCUGCUCCACCGUCCAUCUCAACGAUGAACGACGCUUCAACUUGUGAAACGGGAAAAUCCGCAAGUGAGCAGUCCACUCUUCCUGCUCCACCGUCCAUCUCAACGAUGAACGACGCUUCAACUUGUGAAACGGGUCCGUCGAAACUCAUGGGACAAAAGAGUACAACAGUCUCUGAAAAGACUGUAGGAAAAUCCGCAAGUGAGCAGUCCACUCUUCCUGCUCCACCGUCCAUCUCAACGAUGAACGACGCUUCAACUUGUGAAACGGGUCCGUCGAAACUCAUGGAGGCACAAAAGAGUACAACAGUCUCUGAAAAGACUGUAGGAAAAUCCGCAAGUGAGCAGUCCACUCUUCCUGCUCCACCGUCCAUCUCAACGAUGAACGACGCUUCAACUUGUGAACGGGUCCGUCGAAACUCAUGGAGGCACAAAAGAGUACUAACAGUCUCUGAAAAGACUGCAGGAAAAUCCGCAAGUGAGCAGUCCACUCUUCCUGCUCCACCGUCCAUCUCAACGAUGAACGACGCUUCAACCUGUAAGACGGGUCCGUCGAAACUCAUAGAGGCACAAAUAAUUAUGCCACCUCUACCAAUGAAAGUAACACGAAGCACAUCGACAAAUAAUGCAAUUGUGGCAAAGCCAGUAAAUGCUGGUGUGACAAAGCAAUAA